UCUGCCGCGGCACGAUUGGAAAACCCUGCCGCGGCACGAUUGGAACUGGGCUCGCAAGUGUUGGAAUCUGCCUCGUGACGUUUGGAAUAAUUAGGCUCGGAAGUGUUAGAAUCAUUUUGUUCCAGUCGGCCACGGUACACAGUGGCUCCGUAGAGAGCCUGCACUAAGUACGGUAGGCCGAGCCAGCGGGCUUAGAGGGUCGAAAACAAACGUUUCAACUGACCGCGGAAAAGGUCACCAGGAUCUGACUCAAAUGUGGAAACGAUUGUUUAUCUUGUAAACACUUUUAAACAGUGCAGUGAUGAUUUCUUGAUGUAGGGUCUCAGCCUGUAUGUAUCACACGUAAUAUUCAUGUUUAAUGUAUGUUAUGCAAUCUUCUAAUGUUACGUAAUAUGUACUGUAUACAUGUAUGUUCUAUAUGUAUAUAGCAUUUAUGUGCUUUGAAAUAUCGAUAUAUAGGUAGAGAAAUAAAUACAUGUAAAAUAUGUAUAUAUGUAAUAUGUCCAAUAUGUAUGUAACAUCCAGCAUUUUCGAUAAAAGUUUAACUGUAAAUAGGUGUCCCCAAAAAUUGUACUUUCCCAAAUUUUUGACAGUCAAACUCCAGUCGCUAUAGAGGAACGAGCAACCCAUCGCUUUUGUGACGUCACGAUAUGCAGAUAGGAACACGUGACUGUGUGAGCAGUGGGUUAUAAAUUACAGGAAGUCUAUGGCGCCCCCCGUCUAGGCCAUGCAUGACCCACUGCUGACGUACGUGUUCUAUCCGCAUAACGUGGUGUCUAUGUAGGGCUAGCCCUUGGCAAUAGCCUAUGGCUAGUUGGGCAGCCCUGGCUGUCUGUAAACAGCCGAACGAAUAAACAAAAUAAAUUAAAUAAAAAAAACACUGAUGAACGUUCAAGUUACGAUCUAACAUUCUAACCAUACAUACCACAAGCCUGCAUUUUGGACAGCCUCCUCUACAACCUCACCAUGGAGACGAGCUGCCCGUGUGAGAACAGGACCCAGUGCAGUCGGUGGAACACAGACACACUCACCUUAGCAAACGACACGCAACGUUGCACCGGCAACCUAACCACGACCUCUUGCGACUCCUGUCGGGAGGACAGCUGUGGCGAUGAGAGGGUCCUGAACUGCACUUUCUGCAGCUGUGUGGGCUCCUGUGACGUAGUGACGUCGGGUUGUCUAAACGGUAGCCAGGUUUGCACGCAACUCGCGGACAGAGGGGAGGGGUACGUCAUGAUCGUCGCGUUGAUGCGGAGGAUGACCCUCAUCACGUCGUACAGGGAAACUGUAGACCUUGCCGCCAACCGCUUCGCAGAUUUCUUCCGGGAUAGUUGGAGGUUUGGAAGGUGUGGAGAGGCCGUGGUAGUGGUCAUCUCCAUGGACGAACGGCAGAUCUACACCUCGACAGAGGAGACGGCUGCGCGAAGACUGUCCGAUCUGGACCUGGUCCACCUGUACCGCGAUUACGUCACGGACGACUUCUGGACCGGAAACAUCACCCAACGACUUCCGGUCCUCAUUGGACAGUUCAUUGCCCUUCUCAACACCCCCGACCCCCCGCGGAGACCCGUCGACGUGUGGUUGGACCGGUGGGGAAACUGGUUCCUCCUGAUGCUGGCCGGUGUGACCGCUGUUUUCUGCAUCAUCUACAAGCAGCGCCUGAGGAUGUACAAGAAGUUUCCCGCCUGCUGCCAGAAACGGUGGCUCCGUCACAGAAACAAAGGCAGGAAGGGUCACGUGAUGGCUGAACAAGCCGCAGAAGAUGUGCUGUUAUAUGAAGACGCUAUAAGCACCCUGCGGGAGGAGGAGUUACAGAUACGGAGGAAUAGGCAAGGCUUUACCUGGUAGAUCAACGUUGUCAUUCGCUAAAUUCUGGUAGUGGAGUUCAGAGUUCCUAGA